AUGGAUACAGCCAUUGACCUCUCCAAUGCCGAAAAGGCAUUGGAUCUUGCCAACAUUCGAUUCCAGUUGAUUCGCCUGGAAGAUACAAUUACCUUCCAUCUGAUUGAGCGUGUGCAGUUCCCGCUCAACAAGACCAUCUACGUUGCUGGCGGUGUCAAGAUCCCCGAUAGCCCGUACAGUCUCCUCGACUACUUCCUCCGGGAGCAAGAGCGCCUUCAGUCGCGUAUGCGCCGCUUCGAAUCACCCGACGAGUACCCAUUCUUCUCGGAUGCCCUUGAAGCCCCGAUCCUCCAGCCACUGCAGUACCCCCACAUUCUGCAUGAGAACGAUGUCUGCGUGAACGACGUGAUCAAGCAGCGCUACAUUGAGGAGGUUCUGCCAGCAGUGUGCCCCAAGUUCGGCCGGGAGGACCGUGGAGAAACCCAGGAGAACUAUGGAUCUGCAGCGACAUGUGAUGUUGCUUGCUUGCAGGCACUGUCGCGUCGCAUUCAUUUCGGAAAGUUUGUCGCGGAAUCCAAGUUCCAGAAGGACCCUGAGACCUUUGUUCGCCUGAUCAAGGCAGAGGACCGGGCUGGUAUCGAUGCAGCUAUUACCAAUGCCGCUGUGGAGCUGAAGGUCCUUGAGCGCUUAGGCCUCAAGGCGAAGACUUACGGCACCGAUCCUGCCUUCCCUGAUGAGAAGGGAGAGAAGAUCAACAGCGAUGCUGUCGUUGCUAUCUACAAGGAAUGUGUCAUCCCGUUGACCAAGAUUGUGGAGGUAGAAUACCUCAUGCAGCGUCUCAAGGGAACACAAUGGGAGUAA